AUGGACUUGAGAAACGUCCUCAACGAUAGCAACAGCGGCCCACCGCCCACGACACCCGGUCAAGCACCACACCCUGGACAACAGCACCAGCAGUCGUAUAUAGAUUACAACCACCACCAGACUCGACCCUCGCCCGGUCGCCAAGAUUCGGGUUACGGAACCCAGCGCAUCUCCUCGGGCCCGUUCGCCGCGUCCCCUCCUCCGUUUUCGGGACCCCCUGCUGCCGGCCCGAGCCCAUACGCGAACCGACCUCCGCCGCCGCCCCCGCUGCAGCAAGUCCCGGCCCACGAUCCCCGGUCGCCCAGCCUUGCAUCCGGUCCCGGUCCAUCUCCGUACCGUCACACGCCCACGUCGUCGAUUAGCGCUCAGAGUGGCGGUUACCCCUUUCCUCCCUCGGCGCAGCACACUCCCACCAGCCCUGUGCAACGACCAUACAAUCAAUAUCCUCCCACCAGCACAGCCGCAUACCCCUCCAGGGAAGGUUAUCCUCCAACGCCGGGCGGCUCCGUGGGUGUCACAGGCCCACCUCCACCACCGCCUCCUCUAGGACACGGCGGCGCUGGAGGUGCCCCUUAUUUGCAGCAAGGCCGGCCGGUUGGUGUUCCCCAAACACCACCGAUUAGCACAGCUGGCGGCGGUCCAGGUGGAGGACAUAACAACCCGUAUAUCCAGCGAUCGCAUUCGACGCAUUCCGGAUCGACGCCGACACCAACCUCGGCGCACUCGCAGGGCCCGCCAGGACCAGGACCAGGACAUUCGCAUUCGCAUUCGCAUUCACAAGUGUACGGGAGUCCAUUUGGCCGGGGAAGUCCUGUAGCUGGGCCGCAUUCACUGCCGCAGACAGGAGGUCCUGGUGGCCAAAUUUCCGUGGAUCCCCAGCAACGGGGGCAGUCAUCCCAACCAGCGACUCCAGUUGCGGGUCCACGUCCGCUAACGGCGGCUUCUACGGCUGGCCCUGGAACUGGAACACGUCCACUGCCCCAGGCAACUCCAGUUGGUAGCCAGGCCCAGCAAACCCAGCAAACCCAGCAGGCCCAGUCCCAGUCCCAAAACCUGAACCACUACGGCCAACCGCCAAGCCCUUACCAGCAACGACUUCCACAUUCUGCUGCGACAACGCAUCAUCACCUCAACCUCAACUCUCCCCGGUCGUCACAUCUAAACCAACAAAUCUCCUCUCCCCAUUCCCACCCUCAACAACAACAACAACAACAACAACAACAGCCACCAGCACCAGCACCACCCCCGCCACCUCCUGCGCAGUCUCUUCCCAGACAACACAGCGCACAGAGCAUUUACGACGCCCGCGAACGUGAACGAGAACUACGCGAAAGAAGCAUCAGCAUCAGUCCCAAAACUCGCGUUCCGAGUUUGCCAAGCAGCGCAGGUCGUCCUGCCACGGCUACUUCUGUUGUCUCGAUUCCCGAGUCCGAACCUCCUCGCCCUAACAAUACCAACCAUACCGCCGCUCCAAUGGCACGAUACAGAGACGAGGCCCGCCCCGGCGACCUCGGUAGUAACAAUGCCGCCGCCAAGCGAAAACUCGACGACCGAGAACUGAGACAAGACGAACUCGAGAGGCGAGACGUUCGUCCCCCACCCUUCGAAAACAGAGCCCGUUCGAGCCAUACCCCAAACAAAUCAGUCAAGAGGCGAGCAUACGAUAGCCCACCUCCCUGGGCCCAGCAGGCCACCCGAGGCACCACACUGAAGGAGCCCAACUUUGUCCUCUACAAACCCGUCCAUGCGCCCGGCCACGCGCCCGUACAAAUCAACGGUCAUAGCCGUCAUCCCUCCCCCGAAGAGAAGCGUUCUGUGCCUCGAGCACACGAACCUGUUCCCCGCGCACACGAAAUUCGACCCAACGAACGAUCCGCGACUCCAGGCGCACAAGGUCCUCCUCCAGAAGCGCAGGCCAAAUGGGGACCGCUUGGCCCAUGGGAGUCCUCCAUUACAGGCGAUCUGCCUCAAGACUCCAUGGCCAAGGUCAUGGCCGACUUUUUCUUUCACUAUAUUGUACAGAACGAGAAUAUGGGCGAGAUCCAGAGCCGAGGCAUCCAAUUCGAGAUUGAGGCCAAGUUUGGAGAAAUCAUUGACCGUAACACCAACCAAAGGAUCGAUCUUGGAGUGUUGUCGGCUACGAUACUCAAGGAAGACGAUUAUGUCUAUCCGUUUCGGAGUAUCAUGACUGAUAAACAACACAAAGCCUACAACGACUUCCUCAACCAACAGGUGGUCAUCACCAAUAAUCCCAACUCCAGCACUGGCCGUGAGCGUCCCCGCGUCCCCGUAAAGUACGAACACAAGAAGGAGGUCGACCGGUUCUACGCGAUACCACCUCAGAUCCGCGACAGGGAGCUUCCCGUCACUAUCGCCAACCUUCUCGCAUCCAAGGGGCGUGACGCCAAGGUCCGCGUUUCCUACAAAGAGAACAAGGAUGGCAGCAGGGAGGAGAUCGCCAAGAUUGUCAAGGCCCGUCUGAGGGAUCUGAGUAUUCAUUUUCCCGAACACCGCCUGGACUGCCGCAUUAGUAUCAACUUUGAAAUGCCCUGGGAGGGUUCUCUCGAGGAGCUAGAGGAGUACGCGACCAGCGCCAACAAGGGACAGUCUCCUGACCGCCGCAAGGAUCGACUCAGCUAUCGUCAUUGUAGCUAUCAGUUCGAUUUGACGCAGGUGUCGGAGAAUGUUAACGGCCGCGAGGAAAAGAAGCACGAGCUUGAAAUCGAAGUCGAUCCCAGGGCAAUUCUAGACCAAGGCCGCAGGGCAAAAGACCAUCAGCCCAACCAGUACUUUGAUUUGGUGGAAGGAUUCCUGAACAACAUCAGGAUCAUGGCCAAGCUGUGCGCCUAA